UGUUCAUUUGGUCCAGGUCUCCGCUUCAUGUUGUUUUCAAUAUCAAAUUUUGUUUAGGCUGACGCUUUACUGAAGAAUGAGCGAUAACGAUGACAUCGAGGUCGACAGUGACGAAGAAUCUACGAGAUUUCACUCUGUGGCGGACAAACGGGCACACCACAAUGCGCUGGAGCGCAAACGCAGGGACCACAUCAAAGACAGCUUUCACAGUCUCCGGGAUUCUGUCCCCGCUUUACAAGGGGAAAAGCAGUCUAUCAAACAGGCGUCCCGAGCUCAGAUCCUAGACAAAGCCACAGAGUACAUUCAGUACAUGCGACGGAAAAACCACACGCACCAGCAGGACAUUGAUGACCUAAAGAGGCAGAACGCUCUGCUGGAGCAGCAAGUCAGGGCACUGGAGAAGCUUAAGGGGACCACGCAGCUGCAGGCCAACUAUUCGUCCUCGGACGGCAGUUUGUACACCAACCCUAAGGGCAGUGCCGUUUCCGCCUUCGACGGCGGCUCUGACUCCAGCUCCGAGUCUGAGCCUGAGAAACCGCCCAACCGAAAGAAAGCGAGAGUGGAGUCCAGCUAAGAGUUGGCUUUUCCCUCCCUCUCCUCUCCUCCUCUGAAGGAAGGGAGAAGGUAUCGCUGCAUUGCACUCAGUGCUCUUUCAAACUCCCACCAGUUCCCUCCUUUUCUGCUUCAGAGUGUGCCACCAAUCAGAGACUCCAUGCCCUCCUGUCUCGCGUCCAAGUCUCCCGAAACACCGGGUCACCAGAGAGAGGAAGACUGUUGACGAAGCUUAAACGCAUAGCUCUUUGGUUUUCUCUCCCUCAAUGUCCCUCCCUCCCUCCUCCCUUACUUCAUCUACAUUUUACUUCUUGGCACAGAUUUCUUCACAGCAAUGACACCCCCACCACACAAUUCAAACCCCAAAAUGAGGCAGCUUUGCUACUUAAGGACAAUGCUUUUUGUACCCUCAUCUGCCACCUGUCGGAUAGACUCCGAAGAGGCAGCGGAGCUGUACACCUCCAAGCACUGCUACAAUAUACCUUUUUUUUUUUUUUGCUUUUUGUUGAUAAUUGUAACGAACCUGUUUAGAAUUUAUACACACCCUAGAUGAAUUGAAGGAGCCGUUUCUAAAUAUUUGUACUUUUCCACAAAAGAAUGUGAAGCUACUUUGAAGCAGUUAUUAACGUACCUACCAGUCAAAGGAAAAGAAAAAACAAGGCCCACUGGAUGGCUUACUUUUUUUCUUUUUUGACGUUUGAAAUUCCUUCACUGAAAUUGAUGUUUUUGGAAAGAAAUUGAUGUUUUGAAAAAGAAAGGCUCCCAAACUUGUGUUGUAUUUGUCCUUUUAGCUUGACGUAGUGACUGACUUUAGGUGGCUGAGUAAGACAUUUUGCUUAAUUUUCUCUCUUAAAAGGCUCCAAAAUAUGUAUUGCAUUUUGUACUGUUCACACGAUUUUGGGAAUUUACUGAUUUGCUAUGUGGUUUUCCCAUAUUCAAUUUUUAGAGAAUGUUCGAGGGUAACUCCCGUUUUCAGUUUGAGGAGAAAAAAAAAAAGUCCAUGUAUUGUGAAUUCUGAGGUAAACGUUUAAAUGUUGCUGAUUUCGAUUUGACCUUAACCAAAAGAGAAUCCCCCCCAUCCCGUUCCCACCCCCUCCAGGUUGUGUUAAGAGUGCAGUCAGAGAUGUGUGUGUGUAUAUCUUUUACCAUAUUUUUGCCAUUUAGGACAUAACUAGUGUAUACUAAAUAGGUCUUUGUUUGUCUGAUUCCAUUCCAUGGAAAUUACAGGUAUGUUGUACAUACUGCCAACAAUUGUCUUGCAAGUUGAGGCCUAACUUUACUAUGAGACUAUAAAUAAAACUAUUUUAUCCUUUACAGA